AUGGCGUCCCUGGCUCAUAGCCUGGGUAAACGCGAAAUAAACCACUAUUUCAGCAUCAAAACGUCUAAAGUCAUAUCCGUGCUGCUGGUACUUGUGCUGCUGGUGCUGCACGCCACCUCCCGGCUUCUUUACGGCUCAGACUCCUGUCAGUGGCUGCUGUCCACGGGACGCUUCCUGGGAAACAACAUGUGGCAGCCUGAUGGCUGCAUGAUGCACCAGUACACCAGCAGGGAGGCCAGCACCUGCCUAGCCGGAAAGAAGAUUGUCUUUCUCGGGGACUCACGGAUCAGAGAUUUGUUUAACUCAUUCAUCAAUAUAAUAGAUUCUCAAAAUCAUUCCCCCUUUAUGAAGCAUGCAGAUAUGUCUUUUAAAGACAACAGCUCCUCAGCUCAAAUUAAUUUUGUGUGGAGUCCCUGGACCAAUAACUCUAUGAAAGGGCAUUUAACUUCACUCUCCAAUGCACCAGCAAAGCCUGAUGCCCUCAUUGUAGGAGCUGCAUUAUGGGUCAUCAAAGAUGCUAAGGGCAGUGCAGAGGUGCUGCGUCAGUACAAAAUGAACCUGACGUCCAUGUCUUGGGUUCUGGAGAAACUGACAGAACAUGGAGAGGUCUACUGGCAUUUUCAAGAGCCGGUGAACUGGAAUGCCCUGAGCCCAAGCCGGAAGCCUAUCACAGACCAGCAGAUAGAUCUGUAUAAUGAGGCUGCAGCAGAGGCCCUGAGUUUCAGCCGCUCUCACAUCAAGCCCUUCAGCGUGUCCCGUCUGGCUGCCAUGCACACCAUUAAUCUGUCCUCUGAUGGCCUGCACAUGCCUGACCGCUGCGUGGAUGUGGGGGCCAUGGUCUUUAUGAACAGCCUGUGUAACAAAGUGAUUCGGCCCAUCGAUGGGUCCUGCUGUCAGGACACACCUCCGUUCACCUUUCUCCAGAAGAUGGCACUCUGUUUGUUUGUAGCCUCCACCCUCCUCUUCCUUGUGUUGCACUAUGUGAGAAGACGGCCCCAUGGGCGGACCCUGUCCCCUGAUGUUGAAAGUUUAGAGGAGAAGAAGACGGCGGGAAUAGCUGGGCCUCCGGGGGCUGAGGUGGUGUGUGGGGCCCUGAGCAGAAUGGGUCUCAUCAUGGUCUAUUUCUACCUAUGUGACAGAGCAGAUCUGUUUAUGAAGGAACAGAAAUGCUACAGUCACUCUGCCUUCUUUCUCCCGCUCAUCAAUGUGUUUGUACUGGGCCUGUUCUACAGCGACAGCAGUAAAGAGAGCCGUGUGCUCAACAGGGAGCAGACAGAUGAGUGGAAGGGCUGGAUGCAGUUGGUCAUUCUCAUCUAUCAUAUGUCAGGAGCCAGUGCGGUGAUUCCGGUCUACAUGCAUGUGCGUGUGCUAGUGGCUGCCUAUCUCUUCCAAACAGGUUAUGGACACUUCUCCUUCUUCUGGCUCAAAGGGGACUUUGGUCUGUACAGAGUGUGCCAGGUGCUCUUCCGUCUCAACUUCUUGGUGCUGGUAUUGUGUGUGGUGAUGGACAGACCCUACCAGUUCUACUACUUUGUUCCUCUGGUUUCCUUCUGGUUUGUGAUCAUCUACAGUGCAAUGGCUAUGUGGCCUCAGAUUGUGCAGAAGAAAGCCAGCAGCAGCAGCAUAUGGCAUUUGGGAAUCCUGCUCAAGUUACUGGGCCUUGUGCUGCUCAUCUGCCUCUUUGCUCAUUCACAGGCUUUGUUUGAGAGCACCUUCACUGCGUGGCCACUUUCAGAGCUGUUUGAACUCAAUGGUAAUAUUCAUGAGUGGUUGUUCCGAUGGAAACUGGACCGUUUCGCCGUGGUGCAGGGGAUGCUAUUUGCCUUCCUUUAUCUGCUCCUUCAAAAGAAGCAGGUGCUAUCAGAGACCAGAGGAGACACUCUAUUCUCAGCCAGAGUAUCUCUGCCCUUGCUGCUGCUGUCUGGCCUCUCUUUCAUUACAUACUCAGUGUGGGCUCGCAGCUGCAAAACCAAAGCCCAGUGCAACGAGAUGCACCCCUACAUUGCUGUUGUCCCGAUUAUGGCCUUCAUCCUCAUCCGGAACAUUCCUGGCUAUGCCCGCUCAGUCUACAGCUCUUUUUUUGCUUGGUUUGGGAGAAUUUCCUUGGAGCUGUUCAUCUGUCAGUACCACAUCUGGCUGGCAGCAGACACCAAGGGCAUAUUGGUGCUUCUCCCUGGAAACCCCUCCCUCAACGUUCUGCUCAGUAGCUUCAUCUUUGUGUGUGUGGCUCAUGAGGUGUCCCUCAUCACCAACAUCCUAGCCCAGAUGCUCAUUCCCAAAGACACUGUGGCUCUGCUCAAGAGACUGGGGGGCCUGGGGAUGCUCUGUCUGCUGCUCAGGGCCAUGAGCCACUCCUCAUCUGGGGCCUGA